GAAUUAGUUUCCAAAGCCAAAUUAUUUUCACGGUUUGUUCACAAAUAAAUAAAAUUAAUGAAUGUUUAGAAUAAAUAAAAUUCUACAUUUAAAUUGAAAAUAAAAACGGAUUGAAAUCAGUUUUAGUUAAAAAUUUAUCAUAAAUUAUUUCUAAAUUAAUUAGCCACAAAUUGUAAAUCAUAAUAUAUUAAGAUAAAAAUUAUACGUUUUCUGCCUGUAGCCUGUAAGUAUUUCAUCAUCUUCAUCUUGCAUAUCAUUAGUUAUAAUUUCUUCAUUUAUCCUGCAUCUCAUAGUUAUAAUUUCUUCAUCCAUCUUGCAUCUCAAAGUUAUAAUUUCCUGACAAGAAUUACAUUUAUUAUCACUGGACACCAUUUGGAAUACACAUUAUGGUUAAUUCUAUUGUUUUUAGUAAACAGAAAUACUCUCUCCCCAAAUAAAAUAAAUGGCAAGGCACAGAGUUGAUGCUUAACGAGUCUACUGCUUAAUUUAAAUGCACCUUGUUACUUUCUUUAAAUGUAAAAAAGUAUUUGUACUUUUUGUGACAUGACAGUGUUUAUAUAAAUGUUUCAUCUUUGUUUCUAUUUUUUUUUUUUUUUUUGUUAUGAAGACUAUCAAUAUCUUUUUUAAGGUAUAGUGACCAAAUUUUCAAAGAGUUUUUUUUUGGUUUUUUUUUUUAUUUGCCAUUAUUUUUGAUUGUUAUUUUUUUUAAUGUUAAAAAAGUAUUUGUACUUUUUUUGAUAUGACAGUGUUUAUAUAAAUUUUUCAUCUUUGUUUCUAUUUUUUUUUUUUUUUUGGUAUGAAGACUAUCAAUAUCUUUAUUAAGGUAUAGUGACCAAAUUUUCAAAGAGUUUUUGUUUGGCUAUUUUUAUUAUUUGCCAUUAUGUUUGGCAUGUCUUUAGCUGCUCAAGCUUGGGCUCUGCAAUCACCUCUGGCUUAGAUUAUACACAAGUUAUAAGUUGAUACAUUAUAGGUGUGCCUGUUAAUCACUUGUGAACCAGGUGAUCCGGACUUUUUACAUAGACCCUAUUUUUAUUUGGUUUACGGUGGAGGAAGAGAGUUCAGAUCAAAUUUAAAAAAGUGUGUGCUUCAUGGUUGUUACUAGCAUAUUUUAAAUAAAUGUUCACAGGCACCUAGCCAGUAGGAUAGUGGGGGCACAUUUCCUAGGAUGUAAAGUUUAAAGGCACUUGACUGACUUGAAAAACAAUUCAUUUAUACCCUGAUGAAAUAGUUUCAAAUCCUUGCCAGAGUAGCUUAAAAUGGCCAUUUUUUGGAAGGUGGGUAAGGAUCAUUUUGAAAUAAGUUCAGUGAUUUAUUAUUCAAUGUUUUACAUUUCAUCAAAUAAUAAUAGAGCAAGGCCCGGGGGAAUUCACCCAAAAGAUACAAAUAAAAGUUAGCUCUUUUCACUGUUUGAAAGGCUAUAUAACCGUAUAAGAUGUGCAAUAAUAGGACAAAUGAUUUGUAAUGAGAAAUGUAAAAACGAAUUUAAAAAAUGUACAUAAAUUAAGUAGAUAAAUGAGACAAUAAUAGGACAAAUGAUUUGUAAUGAGAAAUGUAAAAACGAAUUUAAAAAAUGUACAUAAAUUAAAUAGAUAAAUGAGACACAAACAAUUUAUGAAUGUUAAAUAAAAAAAUAUAGGUUAAAGUUUAAAAAUAUAAAAUUGCACAUAAUACAAAUGCUAAUGUUUGGGCAAAUGCCCUCAUCAGUAAAACAAUACAAAAAAAAAACAAAAUAAAAAACAAUAUUCAUAUAAGUAUAAAUUAAAUUUACAUAAUACAUACCUAAUAUUAAUACCUACAUGAAUUUACAAUUUUAGGCAUUAUUUAAGUGCUGUUAAAUUCUUUUCAGAACAAAGAGAAGAAUGCACAAUUCAAACCAUUUCUGGAGUGCAGUGCCUUAAAGUUUGUCAGCUCCACAUGGAAGUUUAGACUUCACAUGGUGAGCUGACAUACACACCUGGUAAGUUUUAUUUACACUUAUUAGUGUUGAUGGAAAUAAAAGCAGCAAAUUCUUCAGUAAGCUUGCUUUUAUUAAACUAAAAUCUAGCAGAUUUAAUUUCACCAGUUAAAAAUGGACCUCACAUUCACAAGUUUUGUUUGGAACCAAUUUUUCUUCUUAACAUAAAAAAAAAAAAAAAGUUGCUUGAUGCUAGUUGAAGCAAAGCAUUCUAUUGCAUAUGUAACUUUAAACAAAAAUUACUCUUUUCAAUUCUGUCUAAAUCUGUCUAGACAGACACAUGUUUUUUAAAAUUUUAUCAGCAUCUUCUACCUUGACUGAAAACACAUCCAUCGUUUAAUAAUUCUAUCUUAAGACCAUUGCAUCAUCAACAAAAUAUAAUUUACAAUUUUUUUUGGAUGUCAGGUUAAAUAAUGUCUUCACGUCAGGAGUUGAAUCUCAUGAGAAAUUCACUGCAACGACUGGUUUCCUUUAGAUAUGUUGGACAUCUUCUAGAGAGACAAGAUGGUGGCUUAGGGCACUUUGCAGCCAAGCUGGCAAAAGAUGGCUUCUUCCACAAGGAUAAUGGAGUUAUGUGCAUAGGGUAGGAAAGCUCCACUCGCUGGAAUAUCCCUAUUAAUUAUGAUCUACUUUUGAAAAGAGCUAAAAUUCACCCACCUGGAUCCAUGCAGUAGUGUAAUUAAAAUAGAACUGAAAAGUUAAUAUUAUGAUGACUAACUGAUUUCUGAACUUGAAUUCUGUGCUAAAUGAAUAUUUAAUUUGCUUAACAAAAGUUUAUGAUUUAAUUGAUCAGUGGUUCCCAACCUUUUCGAUUCAUGGCCCUUUUAGAAUAGAUUUUUUGGGGGGGGGGGGGGGGGCGACGACGACACCCGAUACUAUGUUGAGUUAUUAGUGUUUAGGAGAUUCCUGGAGCAGCCGUGGAGUCCCUUGAGACAUGCACGUCUAGCCCUUAGGGUUCCACACUGCACUAGAAAAUGAUAUGCAUUAUGUAAACUUAUAGCUCUUUAUGCACAUGACAAAUAGGUUUUAAAAACAUUUUUGUCCUUAAGAUGUAAAAAAAGAACUUCAUUUGAAGAUCUUCAUCAUCUCGGUGAGCCAUUUCACAAUGGCACAUGUCCUAUAGAGGAGGAAGACAAUGAUAUGACCUACAUUCAACAGUUCAUGGGAGGCCCUCAAACUGAUGAUGCCAUCACCGAUGGGUAAGUUUAUUACUUUUAUCUCCCGCCUGUUUGAGGUGCCUUGCAACUUCACUUGUAUUUAAAUUUAAGCUCUCUUUUAUAUUCCUUCCCAAGAGAAAACCGUUCUAAAGAAUGUUGACAAACUUGUUGUUUUAUUACAGCUCUCCAAGUGACAUCUUAGAUGACAUUGGAGUCAAGGUGAAACAUGACCCUGGUGAGGUGAAACAUGACCCUGGUGAGUUGACAUCAAUGAGUGCACAUCGUUUGGUGAUUACUACAUCAACACAUUUAAAUUAGCCAUAAUUUGAAGGAGUAAUUUAAAUGGUAACGGUCAGUCUCCGAUAAUGAUCAGUCUCCAAUAAUGGUCAGUCUCUGAUAAUGGUCGGUCUCUGAUGAUGGUCAGUCUCUGAUAAUGGUCGGUCUGUGAUAAUAGUUGGUCUCUGAUAAUGGUGGUUCUCUAGCUAUCAUAGCUAUUACUUAUGAUUUCAAGAGAGGUCUGAAAGGGUUAAUGUAUAUUUUAAAUAUUUUUUCUUCAAUGCAAAAGAUUUCACCAGCCUUGCUACAAGAUUGAGUUCAUUUAAAAAUGUCACUUGGGCUAAAGAGGGUCGUGGUGACCGACUGGCCAGACACGGAUUAUAUUACUUUGGUAAGUGUAAGCUUUUUCAUUUGUGUGUUUUAUAUUUGUGAGAUGAAUUUGUAUAAUGUUUAUAACAUACAUUCAUGUUGUAUAAUAUUGGAGGGGCUAUUCUAUCCCCAAGGAGCCUCAUGAAAAUCUGUAAGGCUGCUUCUGAAACAAAAUUAAAAUGUUCUAAAAUAGUUAAAUUUAACCUACAUUGGGUUUGACCAAAAUUUUACUAAGCUCAUGCUUUACUUAUAUACAUUACUGUUUUACUGCAUUUAUUAACUAGGUGCUUGAAAAUAUGUGGGUGCUUUUUUUUAAUCAAUUGAGGCUGUACUGAUUAGUCGCAAAAUGUCAGAUAAGGCAGUUAAUUAUCUGGCAAUUAAUUGGUACAACCCUAGCAUUAUAAAUGAGCCUGAUCAUGUCUUCAAAAACACACUGAUCAUGUAUUUAAUUAGAGACCGACCGAAAGUGAUUUUCUGAUUUCGGCCGAAGCCGAAAAUAGGCAGAAAGUUUAAAAUGACUUUCGUCCGAAACCGAAAAAAGGCAGAAAGUUUAAAAAUGACUUUCGGCCGAAACCGAAAAAAGACCGAACGUUAAAAAUGAAUUUCGGCCGAAACCGAAGCCGAAACCGAAAAUGAAAUAUUAAGAUAUUUUGAAAUUCGUUCCCGCAUACAUUCUGCUUACAUCGAAAAUGAUGUGGGAAAAUAUAAAUAUUGACAUUCUUUUUAUAAAAAUGAGAUAAUCGUAAAUAUUAAUUAAUAAAAAUCUAAUUUAGGGUUCUCAAACUCGCGGCCAGCGAGCCAUUUGUGACCCGCAAGACGAUAUUUUGCGGCCCGCUACAUGACAGAAAAGUUUAGUGUAAAUGCGCCGGCCCGUUUCCCCCAUUCUCAUAUAUAUAACGUGACUCUCCGCGACGGUUUCAGUCGAAUCUCACCGACUAAUCUAAUUCUGAUUUUUUUUUUAAUGUCUCUAUAUAUUUUUGUAUGCCAGCUCUCUGGCAACAGUGAGUAGGUGGAUGAAAGUGAAUCCUAGUUCUUGAGAACCCUUAAUGAUUUUUUUGUUAUUUAUAAAGGUUGACCAGAUUGUAACAGUUGUAAUCGCUUUUUUGUGGAUUACUUGAUGCGGCCCAGUCUCAUUCAGACACUACCUCCUGUGCCCCCCCCCCAUAAUUUGAGUUUGAUACCCUUGAUCUAAUGAAUACUUUGGAUUUUACCAUUUCAAUAUAAAACUAAUUUAAAUUGCUUUACAAUUUUUUUCAAAUUUGUAUUGUAGGAGAAAAUUUGGCAGAACUUGGGGAGUGGGGGGGGGGGGGGGAGGGGAAAUUAAUGCAAAAUAUUAUUUUUUUUAAACCGGGUCUCUAAAAAAUGUGGUUCUAAAAGAUCACUUAAUUUGUUGUUAAAGAUCGCUUAGUUUGUUGUUAAAGAUCGGUGAGUUUGUUCAUAAAGAUCGCUUAGAUUGUUCUAAAAUAUCUCUUAGUUUAAUCUUAAUGAUCGCUUAAUUUGUUCUUAAAGAAAGCUUAGUUUGUUUUAAGAUCAUUUAGUUUGUUGUUAAAGAUCGUUUAAUUUGUUGUUCAAAAUCAGUGAGUUUGUUCAUAAAGAUCGCUUAGAUUCUUCUAAAAUAUCGCUUAGUUUAAUCUUAAAGAUGGCUUAGUUUAAUCUUAAAGAUCGCUUAAUUUGUUCUUAAAGAAAGCUUAGUUUGUUGUUAAAGAUCGUUUAGUUUGUUGUUAAAGAUCGUUUAGUUUGUUCUUAAAGAUCGUUUAGUUUGUUCUUAAAGAUCGUUUAGUUUGUUCUUAAAGAUCCUUUAGUUUGUUGUUAGAGAUGGUUUAGUUUGUUCUUAAAGAUCGUUUAGUUUGUUGUUAAAGAUUGUUUAGUUUGUUGUUAAAGAUCGUUUAGUUUAUUGUAAAAGAUCGUUUAGUUUGUUGUUAAAGAUUGUUUAGUUUGUUGUUAAAGAUCGUUUAGUUUGUUGUUAAAGAUCUUUUAGUUUUUUGUUAAAGAUCGCAUUAGUUUGUUGUUAAAGAUCGUCUAGUUUUGUUAAUGAUCGCUAUAUUUCUUCUUAAAGAUCGUUUAGUUUGUUCAUAAAGAUCGCUUAGUUUGUUGUAAAUUCGCUUUGUUUUUUCAUAAAGAUCGCUUAGUUUGAUCUUAAAGAUCUUUCAGUUUGUUUUUAAAGAACAUUUAGUCUUCUGUUAAAGAUCGCUUAGUUUAUUCUUAUAAAUCAUUAAAGAUCAUUUGUUUUGUUCUUAAAGAUCAUUUAGUUUGGUCUUAAAAAUUGUUUAGUUUGUUCUUUAAGAUCGUUUAGUUUGUUAUUAAUGAUUGCUUAGAUAGUUCUUAAAGAUGCUUAGUUUGUUUUAAAUAUCGUUUAGUUUGUUCAUAAAUGUUGUUUAGUUUGUUGUUAAAUCUCAUUUAGUUUGUUCUCAAAGAUCGCUUAAUUUGUUCUUAAAUGUCGCCUAGUUUGUUGUUAAAUAUCGCUUUCGCUGAGUAUUAAAUGACCGAAAACCUGAGUCACUUUCGGCCGUCCCGGCCGAAAGUCUAAGUCAAUUUCGUCCGAAACCGAAGAAAAACCGAAAGUUAACUUUUCUCUUUCGGCCGAAACUGAAAUUAAGCCGAAAGUUAACUUUCCAGUUUCGGCCGAAACCCAAACUUGGCCGGAAGUGAUAAAAUGGCCACUUUCGGCGCCGAAGCCGAAAUUCGGUCGGCCUCUACAUUUAAUUUUCAUUGUCAUUUUUGUGUGGAUACAAUCACAAAUUUUAAGACAUAGAGGAGCACAUUGUCCAAAUAAACAUUCUUGUGUUCUGUUUAGGCUGAGCGAAUUGACAUCACCUGUCGUACUUUGCUAUCACCUGUCCUAGUUUGCCAUCACCUGUCCUAGUUUGCCAUCACCUCUCCUAGUUUGCUAUCACCUGUCCUAGUUGACCUGUCUUUGGUGUAUAAUAAAAUGCAAGAUAACAUGAAUCUUCAAAGUUAAUUACCAUAAACAAAAAGUUUAAGAUUGUUUUUAAAUUUUCAAAUCUGAAACAAAGAUAUUAGUUCUUCUUUCACAAUGUUUUAAAUUAUUACAAUUUAAUGAAUUUUUUUAUUAUUGAAUCAGCAAUUUAAAUUUCAUAUUUGUUUCGAGGAAUAAAAAGGAUAUUUCUUAAGUGCAAAAUUUUUGUAACCACGCUUAUCUCAUUUAUGAUAAAAAAUUGUAUGCUCUUUAUUUUUUAAAAUUUAAACAGGAGUUGGAGACACACUGAGAUGCUUCCAAUGUAAGUUACAAUUCAGCUGUGUUUCCGACAUUGGUGUGGAGCGAAUCCUGCACCGUCACAGACAGGAUUCCCCAGCAUGCUCUCAUGACAGUACAACAAACGAGGAAAGUGGAUGACUGCCCAAUCUGUGCCUGUCACAGACAAACAUCUCCACCAUGUUCUUAUGACAGUACAACAAACUAUGAAAGUGGAUGACUGCCCAAUAUGUGCCUGUUUCUUCUUCUCUUCUUCUAUAUUUUGUUGGCCAACGAUCAAUGUAUUGAUCAUUCUGGCCCCUAUGUUUCAGAGGGGUUCACGAUGUUACUGUGCAUAGUUUUGAAAGGGAUCCUUCACUGGUUGCAAGGGCUACUCAGCAAUGGUAUUAGGAACUGGGGGUUGGAAGCCAGGAGGCAAUAAAAGCAAAUGUGUCAAGUGUAGUCGCCUCAACUGUUGCUUUUGGAAGCUUGUUCCAGUCCCUAAUUCAUAUUAAUGAACAUUUGGAGAAGUAAAUAUGCACCUGGACAACUACCCACUCUCUGUCUUCUCUCAAUUGGUUUUAUAGCUAUCCCAAACAAAUCAGGUAACAGACACCUAAUAUGCCUUCAAUCACUAGCCACAUGCACUGCACAUUAAGAAAAUGCUGAAUUGCAAAAUAAAAUUAAGGUAAUAUAUACCCAACUUGAACUAUCUUUGGAGUUCACUUAAUUCUGUGAUAUUCUGGGGCAUUCAACUAUAUUUAAAAGAUAUCUGCCAUAAUUCCAGUAGUGUUGAUGACAGUUCAUAUUGUUUUUAGUUUCCUCUUAAGGGACCACUUAGCUUGACCCAUUGAACAUUCGGAAUCGAAGCAUUUUUACCAUGAUAUUUCUAUUGCAGAUGUGUUUUUUUUUGGUCUCCCCCACCCUGCCAUAAAUUACAUAUCAAUUAUAUUGUAUAACUCUUUGAAUGAGGCAGCUGAUCUGAAACAAUAUGCCAGGUGUUAAAGCCAUAUUUUGUCUGCAAGAAAUGAAACUCCACUGUAGUAAAUUUUCAAACACUUGUAACUUGAUAAUUGAAAUAAGGCCUUUUUGUCACUGUCAAAUUACAUGAUGCUACUUUAGUUAUAUCUUGACCCGUAUUUUGUUGUUGGAAUCUGAGCCGAAUGGAAUUUUUUUCCCCAGUUGUAUCCAGUUGAAGUCAGUCAUGUCUGUCUGAUGAUUGGGUUAGGGCUUGAGCACUUGACUAUAAAGAGUUUUUAUGUAUGGUUUUUGUGUGUAAAAAGUUAAUAAAUUUAAAGAAAGGUAUAUGUUUUUGCGUGCACAAAGUUAAUAAAUUUAAAGAAAGGUAUAUGUUUUUUUGUUUAAAAUGUUAAUAAAUUUAAGAAAGAUAUAUGUUUUUGUGUAUAAAAAGUUAAUAAAUUUAAAGAAAGGUGUAUGUUUUUUUUUUUUAGAAAGAUAUACUUGUAUAUAGGAGGUUUGAUGUGUAUAUAAAAGAGGAAAUAAGAAUGAGAAGAAAUGGAGUGAGUAAGAUUGGUGUGAGGUUUUGAGAGCAUACAAGAGACAUGUGGACAAGAUUCUUUUUUUUUUGUGUUGAUUUAAGUACGCCGAUGGAACAACCAACAGCGGCAAAUCCAAGGGAGGGGGAUUGGCAAUAUAUGUUUACAAAAACUACUGUAGCAUCAACAACAUUACAGUGAAACAUGUAGCUUGUACACCCGCCAUAGAACUACUCUGCAUCACCUUAACGCCAUUUUACCUACCUAGGGAGUUCACCCAAAUCUGUAUCAUCCUCACUUACCUUCCACCUAAUGCCAACAAGCUGCAGGCUAUUGAGAGACUUUUGGAUGUAAUCCAUGAAAACUAAGACUCCAAAAGUCUGGCAUUCAGCGUGCUCCCCCUGAAAUCAUAAAUCUUAAUGAGAACUAAUAAGUCCCUGAUAUUGUUAAGAGAAUUGACUGAAAGGCUGUUUUUUUUCGACUAGUGAAAUAAUUUAAUGUGGAUGUCUCUUGUUCAAAUUGUUUUAUUUAUGUGCUGAAAAUGUACAAUGCAAUCAAAAAGCAUUUCUAUUUGUUUGGAUCAAUAAAAGAAUUUUAUCUUAUCUUAAAUGGAAAUAUCUUUUGAUAACAGUGUACAUAUUCAUUUUCAGCAAACUUUGUAAACAUACUUUUCAUAAUCCGUCUUAAAAUAUUAGUUGAUUUCAAACUAAUGAUAUAGACAUCUCAUAUUCUUGUGCUGGGAAAGGGGGGCUUUAUCUUUGGCUUUUUUUCAACACAGUUUAAGGGACAUUUUUUAAAAUCAAAAGUUUGUUCAUUAACAACCUAGAUUCCUCAUUGCUUUGAAAUAUUGAAUUGCUAUCUGAAUGAUUUUAAUUGUGCCCUUAUCUUAGGGAUAACUAAAAUGGCACCCCUUGGAAUUGGAAUCCUAAAUAAUUUUAAUUUAUAAACGGCCCUAGCUUUAGCGAAUAUCAUUUUUAAACAAGACAUCUUUUUAAAAGUAAGAUUUGUCUUUAAAUGAUUGUUUUUUUUCCCAAAUCCAAUAGAUUUAAAACUGAGCCUUGCACCAAAUUAUAGCUCCCUAUAACUUUGUGAGCCAUAACUUUGUGAGCCAGAUAUAAACAGUUGAAUGUUAUGAAAUGCAUCGAGCUAAUCUAGAAAUUUCUCUCACAAAGUUAAUAAAAUAGAGGGGAAAAUAAAGGGGAAGAGAGAUGCGAUGAGAAAAUUUAAAGACUGUAGACAACCCUCUGCCAGUUGUACUCCCAACUACUUGAGGUUGUGUCCAGCACAGGGG